UAAAGGGUCGAGGCGGCAGGCGGGAAGGGGUAAGAUGGCGGCGUAGAGGCGACUGGUGUGACCUGCUCCCACUGUGCCGCGUCCUCGCAGGAGGCGGGUGGGUCCCCGCGCGGCAGCCGCGGGCGCUGCGUGGCGGAGCGACGAGGAGGAGGAGAAAAAGGGCGCCGCUGCCGCAGCCGCCGCCAUGCCCAACAUCAAGAUCUUCAGCGGGAGCUCGCACCAGGACCUGUCCCAGAAGAUCGCCGACCGCCUGGGCCUGGAGCUGGGCAAGGUGGUCACCAAGAAGUUCAGCAACCAGGAGACAUGUGUGGAAAUAGGCGAGAGUGUUCGUGGGGAGGACGUCUACAUUGUGCAGAGUGGCUGUGGGGAAAUCAAUGACAAUCUGAUGGAGCUCCUCAUCAUGAUAAAUGCCUGUAAGAUUGCCUCAGCCAGCAGAGUCACAGCUGUCAUCCCCUGCUUCCCUUACGCCCGGCAGGACAAAAAGGACAAGAGUCGAGCUCCAAUCUCUGCCAAGUUGGUUGCAAACAUGCUGUCUGUGGCAGGUGCAGAUCAUAUAAUCACCAUGGACCUGCAUGCAUCUCAGAUUCAGGGUUUUUUUGAUAUCCCUGUUGAUAAUUUAUAUGCUGAGCCUGCUGUACUGAAAUGGAUCAAAGAGAAUAUUCCAGAGUGGAAGAACUGCACCAUUGUUUCACCAGAUGCUGGUGGAGCCAAGAGAGUGACCUCCAUUGCAGACCGGUUGAACGUGGACUUUGCCCUCAUUCACAAGGAGCGCAAGAAGGCCAACGAGGUGGAUCGCAUGGUGCUGGUGGGGGACGUCAAGGACAGGGUGGCCAUCCUGGUCGAUGACAUGGCAGACACGUGUGGCACCAUCUGCCACGCUGCAGACAAGCUUGUGUCAGCUGGAGCCACCAAAGUUUAUGCCAUCUUAACUCAUGGGAUCUUUUCUGGGCCAGCAAUUUCUCGGAUCAACAAUGCCUGUUUUGAGGCAGUUGUAGUCACAAACACAAUACCCCAGGAGGACAAGAUGAAACAGUGCCCUAAAAUCCAGGUGAUUGACAUCUCAAUGAUCCUUGCGGAGGCCAUCAGGAGGACUCAUAAUGGGGAAUCUGUUUCCUACCUAUUCAGCCAUGUCCCUUUAUAACAACAGUUGUCAGCUGCUGCUUGUAUGGCUUUUUUUUUUAAAACCAAAAGUUGUUCAGCUUGUUGUAAAGUUCCGUAGAAGACUCUGCUUGUUCCAGUGCAGUUCUCCACAGCUCCUGCUUAAGUCAGGCUUACUGGCUCUGUUCCCAACACUGGGAGUCUGGAGGGGGAAAGCUCAUCUCUGUAACAGCCAACUCCACCAGCACCCCUGUGCAUGGAGCUCAUCAGUAGCACUGACUCAAUUCUGCAGGUCUGUGGAGAGCAGGACUGACACAUGGCUAAUUGCCACAAUUAUUUUGAGGGGGGGAGGGAGAGGGUUUGUCUGUGGGCAGGGUUAGAUGAUCUGGCAUGCACAUCCUAAAUUGUUUGGGAAGUAGAGCUCCCUAGGACAUGUUGAUCUGGAUCUACAGCAAGAGCCCAAGAGACUGCUGGCUGUCUUACCACUCUGUACCUGACAGAGCCCUUGGAGAGUGCUGGGGAAGGCUUGUGUCUUGGCCAAGCUUGACCCUUGGUGAAGCCCUGGGAGACACCUAGGAGGUGGUUCUGCUACAGCUUCCUCCCAUGAAAGGAGAUCAGUGUAGCUUGCAAACUUGAAUUCCUCUUACUUGUUGAUGAAAUUAAAUGCCCUUUAGUGCGCUACACAGCAAAGUCAGGGUGAGAGCAGAGUCUGUGCAGUGCAGUGUUAGCUUAGUGGGGAAGGUGCAUCCUGCACAAGAGAACUUGUGGUUGUGUGCUUUGGUUUCUAGUGCAGGCUAAAACCAGCUUCUCAAUUUCACAGCUUACUGUUAGCUUUUCUAGCUAACUAGAGGAUUGCUGUCAUGUACUGCAGCUGCACCUUGACCUGCUGUGCAACCCCCUGACCCUUUUUUUUACCAGUACAGUGGUAAACAGAGCCUCUUUAUCUAACAGCAGCAGGGUUGUUGCAUCUAGCAAGUGCCUGCUCAGACACUGGGGUGACCUGAAACACAACAGCUUUGUGUCCAGCUGGCUCAGCCUCUCAUUCAUUGCCUAUUACAGUCCUGUUAUCCUGGAAGUUACUGACACAUUGUCCUGCUCACUGUCUGCCUUUCCUUGAAAGCGUUGCUUCUUGCAAAAACUUUAAGCCAAGGAGCACUGCAGGUUACAGAACACAAAAACCUGAAAGAACCCUUGGAGUGGGUCCAGUGCUUCUCAGGAGUGUUUAUGGCAAUGGGUUGAAGAGGCUGGUGAUACA